CACCGCCACCGCCACUCACCUCGCUAUUGCCGACGCCGGUAAGACCAUUUUCCUCCUUGCCGGCCAGAGCAACAUGGCCGGCCGAGGCGGUGUCGUCGACGACAAAUGGGACGGCUAUGUUCCUCCUCAAUCAUCCCCUAACCCCGCCAUUCUCCGCCUCAGCGCCGAUCUCAACUGGCAAACGGCGACGGAGCCUCUCCACCGUGACAUCGACUAUUUAAGGGCAUGCGGUGUUGGUCCUGGAAUGGCCUUCGCUAAUUCGUUAUUACGGCAUGAUUCGAGCAUAAGAGUAGUGGGGUUGGUUCCUUGUGCGGUGGGUGGAACCAAUAUUAGCGAGUGGGCACGUGGUGGGCCACUUUACAGUCAGCUGAUCCGACGGGCGGAGGCGGCGUUGGAGGGCGGUGGCACCAUCAAAGGGCUGUUGUGGUAUCAAGGAGAGAGUGACACGGUGUUUCGAGAGGACGCCGAGUUGUACAAACGCAGAUUGGAGAGAUUCUUUGGACACGUGCGUUCCGAUCUCCUUUUGCCCGCCCUUCCAAUAAUCCAGGUGGCAUUGGCAUCUGGUGCUGGGCCUUACAUAGAGAGAGUAAGAGAGGCUCAGUUGGGAACAUGGCUCGUGAACUUACGAACCGUUGAUGCGAAAGGGCUAGGGCUCGAACCCGAUGGGUUGCACCUGACCACACCAUCGCAGAUCAAACUUGGGGAGAUGUUAGCCAAAGCCUUCCCUCAUGGCCUCCAUUCCCCUAUUACAAGUAAAGCUUCAAGAAUGUCUUCUAAUUACGUUAAACAAUUUCUUAACUAUCUUUUUCUCGUCUUUUUUAUCAAAAUUUUAUUAGACUUAAACUUCUUUCGUUUCGUAUUCUAAUUGAUUUAGAAACAAUAUUCUUUUCACU